CUAAAUAAAUUAUUGAUUCGCCGUUUCUGUAUCUCGAGUUCCGGCGGUGUAAAACCCUAAUUUUCUCCCUCCUUAUCGCCGCCGACUUAAGAGUGAUGAAGGUGUUCCAUCUCGACGGUGAAAACACUCUCUCUGUUUCUCUCUUCUCCGAUGUCACCAACUCCAAGGAGCUUUUGAGUUCGAUACUAGAUGGAAGUCUGAAGCUUGAGGUCUCCUUUCUCAACGCCUUACUCAUCCCAGAUUUGUUCCCUCUCUUAGCUGCUGCUCAGAAAGCACUUAUCUCCAAAUCACGCGAUUCGUUAUCAACACGAACUCUUCACUCCGAGCUCGUUUACAACUACUCUGGAUCUAAACAUAUUACAGAAUCAUUGAAACGAUGUGGGAUCUCCGAAACCUCUACUUACAUUCUAGCUGCCCGGUUCAAUGCUUCUCCCCUUGAGAUGGAGGAGGUGGCGAAAUUGAUCAACGGGAAGGAGAUCGACUUGCAGGAGUUAAAGACGCAAGCUAAUCAAGCCCAUAUUUUAAAGCAUUACAAGAUAACUAGCCAAGAACUUGGGAUAUCCUCUCUCGGUGAUGCCAUUGUUUGCCGGAUCGCUGCACGCGACGCUUUGUAAAACAAGUGAUGUUUGUUUAUUUCUUUUGUCACCAAAUAUAGUUGUUUUCUCUGUUAUAACUAAAUGCGACACUUCGUUUUGUAAUUCUUUGCGUCGUUCUUACAUCAGACCAAAGAUCUUUAUUCCAUGUCGUAUAAUUUUAUCAGACCAA